UUUUUGUCUUAUCGAGAAAAAUUGGGUACACAAUUUUCAUAGAAAAUAAAUUGCCUUAUGUUUUUUUAAGAGAUGUGUCGAUAUCUGUGUAGAAGUUGCGGUAGCUCUACGUUGCAAAUUGUACAGUUAAUUUUUUAAGUGUGCAUGGGAACUCUGGCCGUGUUAAUGGUAUUCAUUCUGUUUUUCCUAUUAUCGAAGUUUUUUUGCAUUGUUUGGAGCAGUUUGGAGGAAGUUUUGCGUUUCUUGCUUCAAUUUGAAGCCUUCUCGUUAAAAUCUCAGCAUUUUGUUGAAAUUCAUAAAAAGGUAAAGCCGUUUUUGUUCAAAUCGUAAUAAAAGUUGUUUGUAAAUGGUCUUGUUAACGGGAGUAGGUAAGCAGUUAUUUCUGGGUAAGUACAAAAACAACAAAACUCCAACGGUAAACUAACAACUUUUGAAGAAAUCGCUCUCUAAGCCGUUGCUCUAAUUCAGUCUCUUUGUUUUGAAAAUAUAGAGCAAACAGAAAAUUCUCUAUUAACCAUAUUAAUUAGUAAGAAUCGACUAAUAAAUAACAAAAAAAUGGAGAUGGAAACCACAACAUCCUCCACAAAGCUUAUUGCACCUGAUGUCUCGAAAGACAAUUUUGUUUCCGAUAAUAAUAUGGCUGGUUUCGUAGCAGACGAUAGUUGCGAAUUUGAAUCGCCGGAACAUUCGUGCGUAGAGUCAAUAGGGCGUAGCGAUGGAGAUGAUGAAGAUGAGGAUAUUAUUUUCCAAGAGGUCAAAAUGAUAUUGCGUAAGCGCCGUGGCUGGGGACCCGAAGAUUCGCUAAGUACUAAUGAUAUAGAUUUGCUCGAAUAUGAUGACGAGUUAGUGGAGGAAGACGAUGCAGGAUGUCCUUUGCCUUCUACGCCCGAGGAUACGCAACUCAUUGAGGCUGAGAUGACCGAAGUGCUAAAGGCUGGCGUUUUAUCGGAUGAGAUUGACUUGGGUGCAUUGGCCCACAAUGCUGCCGAGCAGGCUGAAGAGUUCGUCCGUAGGGUAUGGGAAGCUAGCUGGAUUGUGUGUCACUAUAAAAAUUUACCCAAGUGGCUGCAAGAUAAUGACUUUCUACACCGCGGCCAUCGUCCGCCACUGCCCUCGUUCAGUGCCUGUUUUAAGUCCAUAUUUCGAGUCCAUACGGAAACAGGCAACAUUUGGACACACUUGCUGGGCUGUGUAGCCUUUAUUGGUGUGGCUCUGUACUUUUUGUCUCGCCCUUCUGUCGAGAUACAAGUACAAGAAAAAAUUAUAUUUGGUGCCUUCUUUGCUGGUGCCAUCAUAUGCCUGGGCUUCUCAUUCGCAUUUCACACGCUUAGCUGUCAUUCGGUGGAGAUUGGAAGACUGUUUUCAAAAUUAGACUAUUGUGGAAUUGCAUUACUCAUAAUGGGCUCGUUUGUGCCCUGGUUGUAUUAUGGGUUCUAUUGUCAUUAUCAGCCUAAAGUGAUCUACUUAUCUGUAGUAUGUGUAUUGGGCACUCUAUCAAUUAUUGUUUCGCUGUGGGAUAAAUUCUCUGAACCUGCCUUGCGACCUCUCCGCGCUGGAGUCUUCAUGAGUUUCGGUCUUUCGGGCAUAAUACCAGCUAUUCAUUACAGUCUCAUGGAGGGUUGGUUCAGUCAAAUUAGUCAGGCCAGUUUGGGUUGGUUAAUUUUAAUGGGUAAGUAAUACGCUUCUCUUAUAUUUACUAAAUAAA